CAAACCUCUCAAUGUGAAAGCAUCUCUUAGUAUUUAGUUUAUUAAAGGGACAUUUGUGGACACUAACUUCUACUAAACUCACUGCCAAACAAACUUUCCACACUUUUCUGUCCUUCUUAACAAGUAAAAUAGAACACCCCUCUUUCCAGCUUACUGAGAUUAUUUAUUACAUAAUUUUCAAAAGUACAACAUAAAGCAGGUUUGGUUUUUUACUUCUACAUCAGGUUUUUCCCAUAAAACAUUUUGACUUGUCUGACCUGUUUCCAACAGACAGUAGGAUUUGAUUAUGACUGAAUUUCACAUAGUUGUCACAGGUAUCUGGUGUUGGCCACGCUACCUCAAGAGCACAAUGACUUCAACCAUCAGUAAUGAAAAGCCCGUACAGUCCGGUGGGUAGGGACUUAAACCGUGGUGAACAUGACCGGUUACCUGAAGGCUUUGAGCGGGGUGACGAGGAGAGCAGCCUCCGCCUUGAAGCAGAACCCGGCGGUGUUUUCUCCGGCCGCCGUCUGCCUUCACCGACAGCAACACAGAGACUAUGCUACGAAGCGCAUCAAGGUGGACCAGCCCGUGGUGGAGAUGGAUGGAGAUGAGAUGACUCGCAUAAUAUGGGAGUUCAUCAAAGAGAAGCUGAUCCUACCAAAUGUGGAUGUUGAGCUGAAGUACUUCGACCUGGGUCUGCCCUACCGAGACCAGACAGAUGACCAGGUCACCAUCGACUCUGCUUUGGCCACCAAGAAAUACAAUGUGGCUGUCAAGUGUGCCACCAUCACCCCUGAUGAGGCCAGGGUGGAGGAGUUUAAGCUGAAGAAGAUGUGGAAGAGUCCCAAUGGAACAAUUAGGAACAUCUUGGGUGGGACAGUUUUUCGUGAGCCGAUCCUCUGUAAAAACAUUCCUCGUCUCGUCCCUGGUUGGACGCUGCCCAUAACCAUCGGCAGACACGCUUUUGGGGAUCAGUACAGAGCAACAGACUUUGUUGUUGACCAGCCUGGCAAGUUCAAGAUUGUGUUUUCUCCAGCUGAUGGAAGCAAACACAAAGAGUGGGAGGUGUAUGACUUUGUUGGUGGGGGAUGUGGGAUGGGAAUGUACAACACAGAUGAGUCCAUCAGUGGAUUUGCUCACAGCUGUUUCCAGUACUCCAUCCAGAAAGGUUGGCCUCUUUACAUGAGCACCAAGAACACCAUCCUAAAAGCCUAUGAUGGGCGCUUUAAGGACAUCUUCCAAGAUAUCUUUGAGAAAAACUACAAGGCAGAGUUCGACAAGCUGAAGAUUUGGUACGAACACCGUCUCAUUGACGACAUGGUGGCCCAGGUCCUGAAGUCCUCUGGUGGAUUUGUUUGGGCCUGCAAAAAUUAUGAUGGAGAUGUGCAGUCAGAUAUUCUUGCUCAGGGUUUUGGCUCUCUGGGCCUAAUGACAUCAGUGCUAGUGUGUCCCGAUGGUAAGACUAUCGAGGCUGAGGCUGCCCACGGCACCGUCACGAGGCAUUACCGAGAACACCAGAGGGGAAGACCAACAAGUACUAACCCUAUUGCAAGUAUCUUUGCUUGGACCAGAGGACUGGAGCACAGAGGGAAACUGGAUGGAAAUCCCGAUUUGAUCAAGUUCUCCCAGACGUUAGAAAAGAUCUGUGUGGAAACUGUGGAAAGUGGUGUGAUGACCAAGGACCUUGCAGGCUGCAUCCACGGACUAUCGAACUGCAAACUGAAUGAACAUUAUGUGAACACGUCAGACUUCCUCGAUGCGAUCAAGACCAACCUGGACAAAGCUGUGGGAAAAUGAAGACAAUCAGAACCAGACCUGAUAAAAUUGCCAAUGUAAAGACAAUCCUAUAUUUUAUUCUAUAUUUUACACUAUUUUUACUCUUUGUCUGUAUGAAACUUUUCAUUCCAUUUUGAAAGAAACCAGUUUUCUAUUUUCUGUGCUAUUUCCACAUUUGUACAGGCCACUCGUCUCGUACUGUACUCUGUCUUUAUUUUUAUAACCAGUGAUUUUGUAUUGUGUAACUGACAGAUUUUGCUGUAUACAUUAAUAUUACUACUAAUUUAUAAUGUUACCUUUAAGUAAUUCAAGAAAUUACUUUAUAUUUUAAUUAGAAUAUCCUCAAGAAAUAUAUACAAGUUUUGCACUGUCAGACUGAAUAUUUUUUAAAAAGCAUUUGAUCUCAUUGAAAACGGUGUUCAAAAUUGUCUGUUUCUGCUCAGUUUACUAUUUAUAUUAGCAGGAACACUGUUUUUAGUGUUUCUGUUGCAAAUAAUUUAAUCUAGUGGUGUACAGAAUCAAAAUUAUAUUACAUAGAUCUAUUUUUAAAACUCCUGCACUGAGCUUUUAAUUCAGAAUAAAGGGACAAAGAAACAUUUUUUGUUGGCAAGUGGGCAGUGCAUUUCACAAGGAUGUCAGGGUAACACUGAGGAGGUUGGAGUGUUACUGUUAUCGUCAUGUAAUCAUCUGUAAAAGUCUCAAGACUGAUUCAGUGAUAUGUUGGUUCAGGAGAGUGAAACAUAACAUGCCCACACUUGAAAACCCUCGGCCUUCAGUCCAUGCCAGGGUUUCCAUUGACUAUCUGCUGCCCCCACCACCACCGCCCAGUUGAGUACUACUGGUGCACACCAAAGUUUUUGCACAUACGGACUGACAUAUGGAUGGACGGGCGGGCGGAAAAUCGGUGACAAUACCCUGUGGCGAGGGCUGAGGGUAAAAACCAUAGAAACAUAACAUCUGUUUUUGAUGGUUGAAUCAAACCCCAUGAGGGCCAUUAUAGAGGGAUCCAAAUGUCCAUAUUCUUAAUGCCUUCUUCAUGCUGUUGUAUUUUAUGUUUUAAUUUCCUGCACCUGUUCAGCAGGGCUUACAUGUAGUGUUCUAUGCUCAUAUACACACACUUCAGUUUACACCAGCAGGGGGCCAGUCCUGAGCUGAGCUUGAGCAUCACCCCUCAGAUAUGUGACGUGGGUGCAGCUGACCAUCGCAUUGUUCAGUGUACAAAAAAAUACUCUGACUUCAAUGUUAUUUUGUCAUUUUCUGAAAUCUGGCCAUGGUGAAAUUGAACAUACAUAAAGCUGUUGUUCUGCUUUUACUCCCAAAAAUAUGAGGUUUCUCUGGUUAGAAUCGUCAGAUCAUAUCAGUUUAAUUGUCUGAACUGACCUCUGAGCCAAACAUUCAGUUUCUUAUCUAGUACAAAUAAAGCAUGUAAUAUAUGAA